GUAACCUCCGAUCAAUCCCUGCCGCGGUGUUGGGAGCACGGCUGCAACGGCCGAACAUUCUCCUGCGCGGAGAACUACCGCCGACACAUCCGCGAACGCAGCGGAGGCAGCCGCGCCCAGUGUCCCGGCUGCCACCACCAAUUCAGCAGGAAGAGCAACCUCGACGCGCACAUUGCGAGCGGGAAAUGC